AUGAAACAAGCUGAGAAGAAUUACAAUGAGGCCGGUACGCUUCCCAUUUAUCCCACUCUUCAGGACGGUAACUCACCAAGACCAGUCAAGGCAAAGAAGGCAUCUGGGUAUUUCUUAUUCGAAGCAGCCGCCCAUCGACACCCAAAUGAAGAGUGCAUAUGGUCCCGCCAAGGGAUUUAUACCUGGGCAGAGGCCUAUGAUCGUGUCUCCCAGUAUGGCCACUGCUUUCAGUCACUGGGCGUCAAAGCUAGCCAGUUCGUCGGGUUGUACAUGUACAACUCGCCUGAGUUUCUGUUCAUAUGGCUUGGUCUCUUGUCAAUUGGCGCUGCUCCAGCGCUGAUAAAUUAUAACUUGGCGUCGGGAGCGUUGUUGCACUGUGUCAAAAUCUCAAAGACUAGGAUUCUCAUCUAUGAUUCUGCGGCGGAUUGCGUGUCGCGCAUUCAGGCGUCUGAGCAACAGCUGCGAGAAAUUGGUGUCGAACCUAUUGUGCUGUCGGAGGCACUGAAGCGAGAGAUUGCUCGGAAUCCUACAAGUCGACCCAGCACAAAUUGUUUCGAGGACACUUCGAAAGUUCUGCCUCUGGCGUUGAUGUACACUAGUGGAACUACUGGCAUGCCAAAAGCUUCACCAAUGUAUGUUGCGCGAAACUACAUGGGCGCGUCUUUGUAUCCGAAGACGUUUGGACAGGAGCCAGGACCUGGAGGAGAUAGGAGCUACUACUGCAUUCCUUUGUAUCAUGGCACUGGUGGAUUAGGCGCCAUUGCGGACAUGAUGAGCGGUUUGUCUGUCGCCUUGGCACCCAAGUUUUCAUUGUCGCGAUUCUGGGAAGAUUGCAUUGACAGCAAGGCUACAAUUUUUAUUUAUGUUGGCGAACUCGUGCGGUACCUACUUGCCGCUCCUCCAUCUCCAAACGACAAGAAACACCAAAUUCGACUCAUUUGGGGCAACGGCCUGAGCCCUGAACUAUGGCACAAAUUUCAGGACCGCUUUGGCGUCCCCGAAAUUGGCGAAUUCUUCGCAAGCACCGAGGGCGUAGUCUUCAUCACCAAUCACUUCAGAAGCGGUUUCGGUCCAGGAGCCGUCGGCCACCACGGCUGGCUCCUCCGCCAACUAAACCACAAAGUUCUGGUCCUCGUACAUAUUGAUCCCGAGACAGGCGACGUCUGGAGAUGCCCAGAGACGGGCUUCGCGAAGCGAUUACCUUAUGAGCAAGGCGGCGAACUCUUGGUGAAACUUCCCUCAAGAGAGGCCUGGGCAGGAUACUUUGGCUCACGCGAAGCGACGAACAAGAAGCUAUUGGAAAAUGUGCUCGAAAAGGGUGAUCUGUAUUGGAGAACGGGGGAUGCGCUCCGUAGAGAUGGCAAUGGCCAUUGGUAUUUCAUGGACCGACUCGGGGAUACAUAUCGAUGGAAAGGAGAAAAUGUGUCAACCACAGAAGUCACCCAAGUCCUGGGCACACAUCCCCAAAUAGCAGAAGCCAACGUCUACGGCGUCAAGAUUCCUUCCCACGACGGCAGAGCAGGCUGCGCGGCAUUGGCACUGAAAGAUGGAAACCUUGAUACCUUCGACUGGGCGAGUGUGGUGUCGCUGCUGCGCAAGGAAUUGCCUGCGUAUGCCGUGCCCAUCUUCAUGCGAGUCCGGGAAGGGGUCGGUGGCAUGAGCACGGAUAAUCACAAGCACAACAAGGUCCCGUUGCGACUUGAGGGCGUGGAUCCUCAAGCUUUGGGGACAAAGGUUAUUGAUGGGAAGGAUGAUAAGUUGUUUUGGUUGCCUGCUGGGGCGAGUGUAUAUGUUCCUUUUACUCAGGGUGAUUGGGAUAAGUUGUCGCAGAUGCGGGCUCGCAUUUGA